AUGCUUAAUUUAAAAACAAAAAAACAUUCAUUCUCAAUCUAGAAAAGACAAUAUUGGACUCAAAAUGAUAAUAAAUUAUUAGAAAAGGUUGUUAAACUUCAUAAUUCAGAUUCGAAAACUAUAUUGUUAGAAGAAAUGGAAGUUAAUGUUCAUUAAGAUGAAUUAAGGCAGACUGGUAUUUUUUUAUUUAUUGAUAUUUUAGGAGAUUUCAAUAAAAAAUAUAUUUAAUGGUCACAUUAGAAAAUUUGA